AUCCCACUUGUUCCAUAACUAUUUAAUUGUUAUUAAUAUUUGAUAGAUAUAAAUCUCUAUAUAAACCCAUCUCUAGAUUCAAAACCAAUCACACCUUCUCUAGCUAAAAUCAAAUUACAAACAAUGGCAACACCAAUCUCUAUUGUGCUAAUUCUAACAAUCUCAUGCUUGCUCGUGUCCACUUUAGACGUGUAUGCUAGAAAGCAAGCUUCCUCUGACGUUGCAGAGGAAGCAACAUCCUUCCUCCACGACAUAUGUGGAGGAAGAGAAAAGGUUAUGAAACUCCAAUUAUACGUCCAAGACCUCCGGAUCGGUCACCCGAACGCCACCGUGGUGGAGGUGGCAAAAGCCGCCGGUGUCACCGACAAUUCCCCGUACCAAUUCGGGAGCGUCCACGUCCUCGACGACCUGGUCACGGAGGGGCCGAGCAUAAACUCCCGGAAGCUCGGCCGCAUCCAAGGGCUCACCACUAACGCCGACCUCUCGACGUUCGGCAUCGCCAUGAAUCUCAACUUCUUCUUCACGGAGGGGUGGUACGCCGGCAGCACGCUCAGCAUCCUCGGCCGGAACCAGGUCAUGGACAGCCAGCGGGAGCUGCCGGUGGUUGGCGGCACCGGCGUCUUCCGAUACGCUCGUGGCUACGCAAUCCAGACCUCCUAUUCAUUUGAUCCCGCGACGAACUACGCGGUGUUGGAAUACAACAUCUACACCACCUACAACGCUCGUUUCAACGAGGAUGUUGAAAUUGCUCGUAUGUGAGGGAAGCAAAUUAAAUCGACUUUGAUCGAUUUGUCUAAUUAAUGCAUGCUGCAUCAUCUUCAUCUUGUUAGCUUCCGUUUUUUUUUUUUUUUUUUUACUUGUGUUUCUCAUCUUCUUCUGGGUGAAUUCAAUAAAGGUUUUGCAUGCAGUUAA